CGGGCCCGGACGGGAUAUGGAGCAGCGCGAGGGGGGCUGAGCGGUUUCCAAGAUGCUGCAGGUGCCGCUGCCGCUGGAUCGGGACGGGAUCCUGUUCCGGCUGCGUUUCACCACGCUGGCCCUCGGGACUGUGUUCUGCCCCCUCUUUGGGUUCCUCUUCUGUGUCAUCUGGUCUCUGCUCUUCAACUUCCGUGAGACGACUGCGACCCACUGUGGGGUGCCCAACUACCUGCCGUCCAUCAGCGCGGCCAUCGGGGGCGAGACGCCGCAGCGCUACGUGUGGCGCCUGUGCAUCGGCCUGCACUCGGCCCCCCGUGUCCUCGUGGCUGUGGCCUACUGGAACCACUACCAGAGCUGCCACUGCCCCCACCCCCGCUACCUGCGCCUGUGCCACGUCACCCUGCUGCUCAACCUGCUCGAGAACUUCGCCCUCCUCAUCCUCACCUACGUGUCCUCCACCGAAAACUAUGCAAUCCAUGAAAAUGCCUUCAUUGUGUUCAUCACAUCGGCCCUGGGCCACAUGCUGCUCACCUGCAUCCUCUGGAGAAUGACUAAGAAACACACAGUAAGUCCCGAGGAGCGCAAGUCGUACAAGUGGAAGCAGCUGCUCUUCUUCUUCACCUUCAUCACGUUCGCGUUCGCCGUGUGCGUUUACUUCCACCACAACUGGUACUGCGGCCCUGGAGUGUACACUGUCUUCGCCUUCCUGGAGUACCUGGUUGUCCUUUCCAACAUGGCCUUCCACAUGACUGCCUUCUGGGACUUCGGCAACAAGGAGCUGGUGGUGAGCUCGCUGCUGGAGGACAAGCACUUCUAGCCAGCCCCGCCCUGGGGGCUCCUCUUCCCUGUCCUGCCGGGGUGUUUGCUGUGGAGCUGCUGCCAGGAUCAUCCCGAGAUCCCAGGAGUGUCUGUCCCUAGCUGCACCUGCAGCUCUCAUCCAGGGAGGCUGUGGGUUCUUCCCAGGGAACCCCUGUCCUGAC